AUGCAACAACGUACAAGGACGGCGACUGAGAUUGCUUGGAACCCUCCCCCUUUAGACUGGAUCGCGCUAAACACGGAUGGCUCAGUCAAGCCACCAGAAUCCUUGGCAGCAGCAGGGGGUCUUCUUCGGGAUAGCUUCGGUAGAUGCCUGGGAUCAUUUGCAUCCAACCUGGGAGCCUGUACCAUUACGAGAGCUGAGCUGAUGGGGGCGAUACAAGGGCUCAAACUUGCAUGGCUGCUAGGCCACCGGAAAGUUCAGCUGCGGACAGAUUCCACGACUGCGAUCAGCAUUAUGAAUUCUCACACGACUUACGGAGGUCGGUACCAUAAUCUUUGGACUCAACUGCAGGAUCUUAUCCAUCAAGAAUGUGAGAUUGAGAUCUCUCACACCUUCCGCGAAGGAAACAAGUCAGCAGAUUACCUUGCUAACAAAGGGCACUCUCUUAGUCUUGGUUAUCAUGUUAUUGAGAGAGAUGAUCCUGGUCUCAACUUCUGGCUUUUGUAUGACUCUAUGGGCAAUGCCCAAUCUCGUUUAAUCUAA